UUCCAGAAAACUCACACGAAGUCAGAUGUUUUCAGUCAAUCUAUCUGUGUAGGUCGUAAUUAAUGGAUCAUUUCGUUUUAAGGAUCCGUCAAAACGUAAACUGGGCAGUGAUGGUUUAGUUGAAUCGUCUUCACUCUCCGAAGUUGUUGGUGUUCAUCGUAACGACAGCUCUUCUACCGCUGUUCAGCCACUGCCCCGUGUUUCGGACGUUUCCGGUCAGAAACACGCGACGUUGUCGUCAGCCGCUGCUUUGCCGAGCCGCACCGUUAAUUCGGCCCGAGCUGAAGGCAGCGUCGAUGACGAUGAAGUAAAAAACGUUUUUAAAAAAGGGGACAUCGUCUGGGCUACCUGGAAGAAGUAUCCGGCCUGGCCGGCAGUGGUACUGAACCCACACGUCGGUGAUUCGAAGAUCAGCAUCGUCUGGCUGCCAACCGCUCUCCCACUGCACAAGCCUAAAGGUUUUACCAUGCGCCGAGCGUCCGUUUGCCCGUACCUUUAUCACAUGGAACCGGAGAGAUUAUCUGAUAUUUCAUCAGAUUUGCUGUUAGCUAUCAUUCAAGCCGACGAUAUCCUUAAGGACAACACCAAUCCUUUUGACUGUAGCCAACCAGAUGACGACAACGUUGAAGGUGAAAGAGGAGAUGAAGGAGACACAGACAGUCCGAACUGUUCUUCAGAAAGCGGGAACGAUGAUCCGCCUUUCGUCACUUCAGAUAAGUCCGUGACCCCCAGGAGAUCAGCAGCGAUGGAUAAGCUUGGCCAAAGACUGAUCACGUACAUUAAGUCUGAAGCUACUCAGAAAUAUCUGUUUGACGUACACGAUCGUAAAAUCAAGUGCGAAAGGCAGACCAACUGGUUGAACGUUCGCCAGCAUUCUAGUGGUUUGUCGAUUUUCGAAUCUGAUAUUGGUCCGUUGAAUAGCGAAAAACAGAUCACAGAAGUUUCUACUUUCCUCAGAAAUCUUUUCCGGAAGCGGUACGGAGAAACUGAUCUUAUGAAACUGCUCCACUACAUACGAGCAGUAUGGUAUCCUGAAGCAGUUAAAUUCGCACUUGUUAACUAUUUUCAAAUGGACGACUCUGAAGCGGAAAUGACUGUUCAGGGCGAUUUAACUCAUUUCAAGGAUUUGUCUGACUCUUCGCGCAAUACGUUGUAG